AUGGCUAUAGGACAGAAUUUGGAUGUGUCGAAAAAACUGAAGGCUGCGAUCAAAGCAAAGCUCGAGGAACUCGGAGUCUAUGUAGACGAUGAGCUACCCGAAUACAUAAUGGUGAUGAUUGCGAACAAAAAGGAAAAAAAUCAAAUGAAGGACGACCUAAAUUUGUUCUUGGGAAAAUGCACAAAUAAAUUCGUGGAUUGGCUGUUCGACUUGUUUGAGAGACUUCAAUCUGCUGGUAGUAAACCGGAAACCCAUUCAGUGACCGAGAAACCGAAUAAAGAGGUACACAAAGAACGUCGAAAAGAGGUAGAUUCACAUUCGCAUGCUUCCACUUCCAAGAAAGACGACAGAAAAGAAAAUAAAAUUUACGAGACGUCACAUCGCCAGACCGAAUCAGAAUCAAAGAGACGUGAGGUGGAGAAGGAAAAGGAACGCGAAAAAGAGAAGGAGCGGGAAAAGGAGAAAGAAAGGGAAAGAGAACGAUUGCGGCAAGCAGAGAAAGCAAAAGAAAAGGAACGCGAAGAGAGAGCUAGGGAAGCUGAACGUCAACGUGAACAAGAACGGCUAAAGUCGCGAUCAGAAACGUCUCGUAGUCGCGAAACGUUACGCUCUACUCGACGUCAAAAGGAACGUAGAUCUCGCUCGCGAUCCAGAACUUGGUCCGACGAAGACUUUGAGCAUGAAGUUGAGGAGCGCUCGAAGAAGGUUGCGUCAUCUGUAGUUGCACAACGCCCGCUUGCUGCAAGUCCUGAGCCGGUGAAAGUAUCUUCGCAAGUACAUGUGAUGCGCAAGAUCAAACCAGCCGUAAGUGAAAUGGAGAAGAAAACUAUGAAGGCUGGAUCUUCAAUGUUUCUCAAAGCCAUGAACCAGGCUAGUGUUAGUGCUGGAUAUGGCGCCUCACUUAUGGACAAGAAGAAGGGUUCAACACAUAGUGCAACGUCUAAAUCUCCGCUCAAGAAUAGAUUAAGUCGGCCUACUGUAGUGGAAGUGGGUAGUGACGGAGAGAAUACUUACGACGAUGCGAAAGUUGUGGUAGGGGCCAGGUCCCGCAGACGUUCAAAUAGUCCCCAAAUAACUGUAACGUUAAAGGGAGCCAAAGAACAUAUUGGAUCGCUCGGUAACCCGAAGAAAGCAACUCUCAAGCGCAGGAAGGAAAAGGAGGAGGGAGAUGCUAAGAAUGGAGGGGUUGUGGUUAUUCCUGAAAAACGUGGACGCACAGUGGAGUUGGAUGAUGAGAUAAUAGAUGGCAGUGAUUCACCUUCUGUGCGGAAGUGGGACGGCCAGAUUCAGCUAGACGAGGACGAUUCGACGGAUGACGACGAAGCGAAGAUAGACGCUGUCUUAGCUGACGCAUGUGGUGUCUCUUCCUCAAUGGACGAAGACGGCGAAGUUCCUCCUACCCAUCAGCUAAGUAGAGGAAAUAGCUGGUCUGGGUAUGCUCCAUCUCCAUCCCAUCCGUCAGCGCCAACACCCCAGAACUACGUGCCUACCCCGCUCGCAAAGGAGGAGCAGUCCUUCCCGUCGGUCACGAAAAUACCAGAACGAUGUCGGUUCUGGCCUGCUUGUCGACAAGGGGAAAAUUGUUCUUAUACUCAUCCCACUAAACAGUGCAUUAAUUUUCCCCACUGUUCUUUCGGUGCUCGGUGCCUCUACAUUCAUCCUCCGUGUCGAUUUGAUCGUAACUGCGCAAAUCCAAACUGUCCUUAUACACAUGGAAGAAUUACAGCUGCUGUAGUCCCUGUCGCUGUCACAGCUUCAGUUCCUGUGACAGUUCAGCCUCCUCAACCUGUUGUCACUUCUUCAGCGACCACAAUCAUUGCCCCUGAUUCGACAAAGAUUUCUCCUGAUGUUCCACUGUCUGCGGAACCCAAUCCAGUGCCGAGCCUUUCUUCUCUCACCCCAUGCCUCUACGGUAACAAAUGUAGGAAGCCAAACUGCGCUUUCAAACAUCCAAAAACUUGCCACUAUGGUACAUCCUGUGUGAACGCCAACUGCUACUUCUACCACCCGCCUCAGCGGAAGCCAUCGUUUGGUGUCAGCGUAGCCAAGUACAAAUGGAAGGCAUCCAGCGCUACCGCCUGA